CCGAUACCCAACCUGCACUCCUUUCUUCGGAAAAACUACGAAAUCUUUUCUAUCUACGACAUCCGCAAUCUCUGGCGCGACAUGGUCGCUGGCGUCGCGGCCAUCCACAGUCUCGGGUUGAUCCACUUUGAUCUCAAACCGGCGAAUUUCCUCAUCGUGGACAACAUCGUGAAGGUCUCUGAUUUCGGCCUCGCGAGGGGGAUCAACAAGGAUGAGGGGAUCACCCACGUUUCCCGCGACCGCCAGUGCGGCACGCCCCGCUACAUGCCGCCCGAGGCUUUUUACCAGCCGGACGAGGGGUCCGCGAGUUUGAAGAUGCGCCCGGCGGCUGAUGUUUGGUAUCCUGAGUAAAAACGUACCCACACCAGAGUCAGGAUGGGGAUUUUGCAACACAAACCUAGGAGUUUUGUGAGUCACGCAUGACAAGUUUCACUUUGCAGUGUAGUGCAGGUUAGCAAGUGCAGCCGCAUCACAGAUUCAUCUGCUCAUCCUGUUCACAGCAUCACAAAUUCCAAAACACGAUUGGAAAUGGCUCUCAUGCCGAGGCGCAUUACAAGUCUUCCUGUCUUUGCAAAUCUGCAUUACAACUCUGGCGUGGGUGCGUUUUAUUUUCCUCAGGAUGUUUGGGCCCUGGGGAUCAUCCUAUAUCAAUUGCUGUACGGGCGGGCGCCGUACGAGCAUUUAGAGGGCUGCGGGAUGCGGGCGCAGUUCGCCGUGGCGGAUUCCCGGGUGCGAAUUCUG